AUGGUAAGGCUCUUGUCGAUGUUCAUCACGGUCACGAACGUUAUCGUGGCGCUGUUCGUGGGCCGGGUGCUGCUCGUGGUCCUCGUCACGAUGGGUAUGGCCCUGACAGGCGGCGUGGCGAACCUGUUGUUUGCGCUGAUCAACCCCGUGGCGACGUACUGGGCGUUCGGCGCGGACUUUGUGUUUGCAGCGGGCACGCUCUUCGUUGCGAAAGUGUGUCUUCCGUACGACCAGAGCGUCGGCGGCCCGCUCGGUGUGUCGUUCGGUUUGGCGAUUACAAGGAUCGUGUACGACUCGGAGCUCAAGAAGAUGUCUGCGAAGGACGGCUUCGACGUCGACGGGACUGCCCACUCUCACCUGCUCGCCCGUUUCUACCUGCCAGGCAGCCCUCGCCCUCAUGAUUGCUCUCGUCGCCCGUCUCACACGCUUGCCCGCCCACUACCCACCCGCUUGCCCGCUCUCGUCCGCCCGCCUCCGUCUUCUUGA